CCUUCACUGAUAUGCUUACUGUACCGUGAACGAUCGGCAAACAUGUGCUUCGGCGUGAUUUCUGUCCAUAGACACAACACUGAUGACUUUACGCAUGAAGUCGUAAACGUAAGGUGUAUUAACAGUAUCUCAUUGAAUUGCUUCCGAGAUAAGGCGUGAGAAGACUUUUUAACGGUAAAGGCCAGGUGCAAAAGAUUUUUUGGGAUAAGAAUGUGGUAUAAAAGAAGCACCUUGGUGACAUUAAUUUCAAAACAAAAUAGACAAGUCUCAAUAUGCGACCACACUGUGGCGUUUUGGUUGCCCUGUUCUUGGUCGCCGUAUCCGGAGAGCUAGUACGGUACGAUAACUACCAUCUGUUUCGUUUGGCAAUUACCGACAGGGGACAACUUGAGGUACUGCAGCAGCUAGAGCAACGAAAUGAUGGGUUCAUUUUCCUAGACUCACCUACACAAGUGCGUAUGAAUGUCAGCGUUCUUGUACCUCCAGCAAAACUGAUCGAUUAUAUAAAACUUUUGCAAAGCGAACAUCUUAGCUCCCGUCUGGCUACCAACAAUUUCCAAGCUAUUCUUGAUGCGGAAAAUCCUCCAAAAAAAUCGAAACGCAGUGAAACGUUCGGUUGGGAAGAGUACCAAACGCUAGAUGCCAUUUACGAAUGGAUCGAUGGGUUAGCACUGCAGUAUCCUUCCAUUCUUACCGUUCAAAGUAUUGGACAAUCGUACGAAGGUCGUGAUAUGAAGAUAGUGAAGCUUUCCCAACAGUCUGGAAAUCCGGGCAUCUUUCUCGAAGCUAAUAUUCAUGCGCGCGAAUGGAUCACCUCUGCAACGGCGACCUGGCUACUGAAUGAACUUCUUACAUCUUCCGAACCAGCGGUACAGGAGCUUGCCACUUCGUACGACUGGUACAUAAUGCCGGUAGCUAAUCCGGAUGGGUUCCAUUACACCAAGACAACCAAUCGGUUGUGGCGCAAGAAUCGCUAUCCACACAAUAUUCUAUGUGCGGGAGUCGAUCUGAACCGUAACUUCCCGUACCACUGGAUGGAGGGUGGAGCAUCGCAGGUACCGUGUAACGAUAUAUACGCUGGGCCAGAACCUGCAUCCGAAAUUGAAACUCGUAAUACGAUCGAGUACUAUGAAACGAUUGCCGAUCGGAUUGAGUUUCACCUGCAAUUCCACUCGUACGGUCAGUAUAUUCUACUACCAUACGGUUACCAAGGUGCCGACUAUCCGGACAACUAUCGCGACCAGAUGGAAAUAGCGGAGGCAGCCGCGAACGGAUUUGCUAGCCGUUACAAUACACCCUACACCUUCGGUACCAUUGCGGACGUGUUGUAUGUUGAUUCAGGAUCCACAACCGAUUGGGCGCACGGUUAUCAUAAAACCCCAAUCUCGAUGUGCUUCGAGUUCCGCGAUAAUGGUCCGUACGGGUUCGUACUGCCAGCGAACCAGAUAAUUCCCAACUCCGAAGAGACGCUCGAUGCAUUGAUAGCUAUGCUUGCCAAAGCCAAAACAAUGGGCUACUUUCAGCGAUCUUGAA